AUGGCAACGGAAAUUCAAUGUGACAUUCGGGACAACAAAGGGUGUCAAAGAUGUCGUGAUGGAUAUUACAAUAAUUACAAUGAAUGUUUAAAAUGUGAAAACAAUUGUAAAGAUUGUUACAACUCAACAUACUGCACUUCAUGUGCAUCUGGAUUUUAUUUGAGUUCGAAUAUGGAAUGUAUCUCACUUGGUUCAUUACAAAUAAGUUGUAACAUACCACUUCCAAAUGGAGGCGGAUGCGCUAUAUGUAAUAAUGGAUAUUAUAGAGAAGGUAUCAGUUGUACACCGUGUGAAACAUCAUGUUCAAUUUGUGUUAAUGGUAACGAGUGUCUUGCUUGCAAUGAUGGGUACUUUAAUAUUCCAAGUGAAGGUAAAUUGUGUCUUUCAAACACUACACUAUCAAAUUGUGCACUGUUUUCGUCUAAUGGAUGUGAAAGUUGUACUUAUGGGUAUUACGU